ACUGUUGUGGAUGCCUCUACUGUGAAAUAGAAAUUCAAUAUGAACUUUAGUAUCCAUACAACACAUGACCAAAGAUGAAUGUUUUGGCCGAUGUGGCUCUUUGUAGGUCGGCAAGUUCAAUGGCGACAUGCCCGGUGUUGUCAGUCCAGCCUACCCGUGCACUUGUGGACGAGAAGUUUCAAAUAGCUGUAAGAAAUUUGCGUCCCAAACAAGAAGUCACUCUACAUUCCCUGCACCAGUCCGAAGAUAAAGACUUCUGGGAGGCAUUCGGGCACUAUACCUGCGAUGAAAACGGAACAUUGACAGUCACGGACGAUGCGAGCUCAGGUGGGACGUAUACCGGAGUUGAACCCAUGGGACUGCUGUGGAGCAUGCGUCCCGUUCCAGGUAGCAGACACGGACUCAGGUUGAGAAAGAGAAACGUCAUGUCUCCAAUGGUGGUGAGUGUCUCGGUCUUCAGUGGUCACAUGACCCAAGGCUUCUCGGAAAAGGACGCCCUAGCAACGGUUGUCACGGAGAGGUGGUACCUGGCGCCAGGAGUGCAGCGAGUGGACGUCAGGGAACGAGGAGUUCGAGGCACCUUCUUCAUACCACCAGGUCCGGGGCCCUUCCCUGCAGUGCUGGACAUGUGGGGGGGUGGAGGGGGGCUGGUGGAGUACCGAGCAGCUCUGUUGGCAUCGCACGGCUUCCUCACCAUGGCACUCGAGUACCUCAAUCCGGAAGAAGAGAGGACACCUAAUCUGGACACUGAGUACUUCGAGAUAGCGUAUGACAUCGUCCAGUCGCAUCCCCAGGUUUCUGCUGAUAGGGUGGCAGUGCUGGGUCUGUCUUUUGGGACCCACAUCACUCUCACCAUGGCAGCCUACUCCAAAAAGGCUCAGCCCCGGUGUUGUAUUUGCAUCAGUGGAAGCCAUGUUCACCCCAUCAACAAGUCCCUCUUCGAAGUCUUCAAAUACUUUCAGCGGCUGAUGAUAAAGGCCCGCAUUGAUGAGAAUAAUCAUGUGAUCUGGAGAGAUGUCAUUCUGCCAAUCCCAACUGAGCCGGACAUGAAAGUCGACGUGGGUUUGAUAAAGUGUCCCACACUGAUAGUGAUCGGGCAGGACGACCAGAACUGGGCAACUGUGGAAUCUACUGAAGAUAUUCAGCAGAUGAUGGACUUGGCUGGUAAUGGCCACCUGCUGACGGUGUUGUCGUAUCCAGACGCAGGUCACCUGAUCGAGCCUCCAUACACGCCACAUGUCCGCUUCAGCAACUUCAUCACGCAACAGAAAUUCAAAGUGUUGAUGCUGUGGGGCGGUCAGGCCAAACCCCAUGCAGUCGCCCAGGAAGACUCUUGGACCAAGAUCCUCUACUUCCUCCACACACACCUUCACCUGGACUCACCACCUGUUGCCAGACUGUAGACACACACAUACACACACACGCACACACACACACACACACACACACACACACACACACACACACACACACACACACACACACACACACACACACACACACAAACACACCAGGACACACCACCUGCUGCCUGACUGUAACACACACACAAACACGCACGCGCGCACGUACGUACGCACGGACACACACACACACACACACACACACACACACACACACACACACACACACACACACACACACAUCAGGACAUACCACCUGCUGCCUUACGUAGGUGCGCACGUUUGAAACAGAGUAUAUUUAUUAUGCAGUAUACAGUAUAUCAAAACUAAAAUGAAAUUGUUUAACGGCAAUAUUUUUUCACAUGGCUUCAUAUGACUUGAGUGGUCUACUUUGCCCAGUCCUGGAACCAUGUGCUUUACUGUAACAUUCCCAAGUACGUAGUUCACACUGCCAAUUUCGACAUUAGUGGGUUUUCAUUGCCUUAUCUGAUCUAAAUCAAAGAUUCUUCACUUUUUUGACAUUGAGGCUCAUUUUUCCCAGUGGACAGUGUCCCGGGGCCAUUAUAUUAGGCUACAGUAUAUUACAUUGUAUUAUAUUUUAUAUAUAUAUAUUGUAGUGCUUUCUCAACUGACAUAAUUCACUUAAUCAUUUGUGUAUUCGGUUAUAUGUUAUGCUGUUCGUCAUCUCCACUGUUCUGUUCACUUUAUAGUCGCGGUGCCUUUAAGAGUUCCGAUGACGUUUUAUGUUGCCGGCUUUUCUGUCAUGCGCGGCGCCAUGUUUUUAGUCAGUUACAAUAACUUAAUAAACGCGACUCACAGAGUCUUAAUGUGAGAA